AUGACUCCAGGGGCUCUAUACGUGGAUAGUAUUUUCGAAGAUAAAUCGCAAAACCACAAUGCGUUUUUAAAUCCAUCUGCCGGACAGCCUGGGCUCCAGCCUAGCUCUUUUUCGACGGCAUUGUAUUCUCAGUUCGCUCCUCGCCCCUCUGGCAUUUCUGGUUUGAAGUCCUCGCGGCCCCAUUCUCUCGAAAGAGUGUUACCUGGUCUUGCUCUCAGUGGUAAUUCCAAGUUUUCGACUUGUGACACAACAAAACCACCGUUAUCACCGCCCGGUCCAAGUGCGUCACUUUGGGGAGCGGCAACGCCCGCAGAAAGAGUUGACUGGCCCACUGAAAGACCGAUAGAUCGCACGCCUAUCAGCAAAGCACAAGCAAUCACUGGCAAACCAGUCAGGCCUCCUAUUGUCAAAGUCAUCACCCCUCCGCACGGUGUGACACCGAUCCAGAAAAGCAGCGCUCCAACUCUUCGCUACCGGCAGCCACCCAAGUCAGAUUUCGCGUUGUGGGUAGGCAAUUUACCGCCCCAGCCGAGUCUGAAUGAGCUGUGCAAAGUGUUUGCGUCGCCAGAUAUUCUUUCGGUGUAUCUGAUCCAGCGCACAGGGUGCGCGUUUGUAAACUUCCGGUCAAAAGAAGGUCUGGACGAAGCAGUUGAGGAGUUCAACAAGAAUGGUGGAUGUAUUCGUGACCACAAGCUUUUGAUCAAGGCCCAGCAUGGAGAGUCGAACGAGCAAGCUGGCUCGACGCCUGCGAGCGCCGAAGCUCCCACCCCACCGCUGGGCGGAGCAGGCUCGCCAAAUCGGUACUUUGUUUGCAAGUCGUUGUCUGUGAAUGAUCUUGAAACGGCUCGCAAGACAUCUCUGUGGUCCACUCAGCUGCACAACGCUGAGCGAUUCAAUGAGGCGUUCCGCACCGCCGAAAACGUUUACUUCAUUUUCAGUGCCAACCGCACGUCGUCAUAUUUUGGAUACGCGCGGAUGGAGUCUGAAAUACCCGAGGAAGAAGUGCUGCCCCCGCCAGCUUCCACGGAGGAGCCAGUCGAGACGGCCAUGCAGAUCGAAUUUACCAAGCCUAUCUAUGACCCAUUGACAGGAAAAGAGAUCUGUCCUGCCGGCGAAAUUGUUGAGGAUACUAGGCGAGCUUGCCUUUUUUGGCAAGUUCUGGAUUGCCCGAAGGAAGAGGUUGAACAAGAAAGGUGGACGGCUCCCUGUAAGAUACGAUGGCUAUCUGGUGGCUCGCCCUUGUCGUUCUCCCACACUAAGCAUCUGCGUAAUCCACUCAAUGCCAACAAGCCAGUGAAGAUUGCCCGCGACGGUACAGAAAUCGAGCCUAGCGUCGGCGAACAACUGUGCUCACUUUUUAGUUGA